GGCGGCGGGGCGGCGUCCCCACCCAGCAGCGCGCAGCGAUGGCCGGGGCGCGCCCGGGGGUCCACGCGCUCCAGCUGGAGCCCCUGCGGGUCCCGGAGACGCUGAUCAAGGGCAGCAAGUUCAUGAAAUGGGACGAGGAACCAACCAGCCGGAUUCUGGUGACCCUACGGGUUGACCCACAGGGCUUUUUCCUCUACUGGACUGGUCCAAAUAACGAUGUGGACCUUCUAGACAUCAGCUGUAUCCGAGACACUCGGACCGGACGCUACGCCAAGCUCCCCAAGGACCCCAAGAUCAGGGAGAUCCUUGGUUUUGGGGGGCCAGAGCAGCGACCCGAGGAUAAGCUGCUGACUGUGGUUCAUGGCCCUGACCUGGUCAAUGUGAGUUUCCUCAACUUCAUGACGGUGGUCCAGGACGACACGGCAAAGUUGUGGACUGAAGAACUGUUCAAGCUCUCCACAAACAUUCUGGCUCAGAAUGCCUCUCGGAACACCUUUCUCCAAAAAGCCUACACCCGGCUCAAGAUCCAGGUGAAUCAGGAGGGGAGGAUACCUGUGAAAAAUAUCCUCAAAAUGUUCUCAGCUGACAAAAAGCGGGUGGAGACAGCCCUGGAGUCCUGCGGCCUGAAUUUCAACAGGAGUGAGUCGAUCAAACGCGACGAAUUCACCCUGGAGAUCUUCGAGCGGUUCCUAAACAAGCUGUGCCUUCGCCCAGACAUUGACAAAAUCUUGCUGGAGAUCGGCGCCAAAGGGAAGCCUUACCUCAGUUUGGACCAGCUGAUGGAGUUCAUCAACCAGAAGCAGCGGGACCCCCGUCUCAACGAGAUCCUCUAUCCGCCCCUGACCCGAGCCCAGGUGCGCCAGCUGAUCGACAAAUACGAGCCCAACCAGCAGUUCCAGCAGCGGGACCAGAUGUCGAUGGAGGGCUUCGGGCGCUACUUGGGGGGAGAAGAGAACACCAUCGUGCCCCCCGAAAAGCUGGACCUCAGUGACGACAUGACACAGCCGCUCAGCAGCUACUUCAUCAACUCCUCACAUAAUACCUACCUCACAGCUGGACAGCUGACAGGCAAUUCCUCCGUGGAGAUGUACCGCCAGGUGCUGCUCAGCGGCUGCCGCUGUAUCGAGCUUGAUUGCUGGAAGGGGCGCCCCCAGGACGAGGAGCCCUUCAUCACGCACGGGUUCACAAUGACAACGGAGAUCCCCUUCAAGGAAGUCAUAGAGGCCAUUGCUGAAAGUGCGUUCAAGACGUCACCCUAUCCGGUGAUCCUUUCCUUCGAGAACCACGUGGACUCGGCGAAACAGCAGGCCAAGAUGGCAGAGUAUUGCCGAAACAUUUUUGGAGAUGCGCUUCUCAUUGAUCCCUUUGAAAAGUAUCCACUACAGCCUGGCAUCGCCCUGCCAAGUCCCCAGGAGCUGUUGGGACGGAUCCUGGUGAAAAACAAGAAACGGCGUGCGCACGGCAAGGGGUCCGAGGGCAGCAUACGGAAGAAGCUGGAGCAGACGCCCAGCUCCUACAGCGAUUCCUCAGGAGUAGGGGAACCAGGUUCCCCUUUUGCAGAACAGGCCGAGACUCUCUUGCCAAUCAUGACCAACGGCGAGGUGAAGCCCGACAGGAUAGCAAAGUUGGUUGAACCUCGCAAAUCUAUUGACCGUGAAGCUGAGAGCGAAGAGGAGGAGGAGCAGCAGGACCCCAAAAAGCCCACGACGGAUGAGGGCACGGCGAGCAGCGAGGUCAACGCCACGGAAGAGAUGUCCACGCUGGUGAACUACAUCGAGCCCGUCAAGUUCAAAUCCUUUGAGGUGGCCAGCAAACGCAACAAAUCCUACGAAAUGUCUUCCUUUGUGGAGACCAAAGGCUUGGAGCAGCUGACCAACAGCCCCAUGGAGUUCGUCGAAUACAACAAGAAACAGCUGAGCCGGAUCUACCCCAAGGGCACCCGAGUAGAUUCCUCCAACUACAUGCCUCAGGUCUUCUGGAAUGCCGGCUGCCAAAUGGUGGCGCUCAACUUCCAGUCUCUUGACUUGGCCAUGCAGCUGAACCUGGGCAUCUUUGAGUACAACCGCCGGAGCGGCUACCUGCUGAAGCCCGAGUUCAUGCGGCGCCAGGACAAACUCUUUGACCCCUUCACCGAGGACAUCAUCGACGGCAUCGUGGCCAACACCGUCAAAGUGAAGAUAAUUUCCGGACAAUUCCUGUCGGACAAGCGAGUGGGCAUCUACGUCGAGGUCGACAUGUUUGGGCUGCCAGUGGAUACCAAGCGCAAAUUCCGGACGCGGACUUCUCAGGGCAAUUCGUUCAACCCGGUGUGGGACGAGGAACCUUUCGUGUUCCACAAGGUGGUGCUUCCAACAUUAGCUUCGCUCCGAAUAGCUGUAUUUGAAGAGGGGGGGAAAUUUGUUGGCCAUCGGAUCCUCCCCGUUUCGGCCAUCUGCUCAGGAUACCACUACAUCUGUCUGCGCAGCGAGAGUAACCAGCCACUCUGCCUCCCGGCGCUGCUGGUCUACACAGAAGCCUAUGACUACAUCCCAGAUGAUCACCAAAAUUAUGCGGAGGCAUUGAUCAACCCCAUUAAGCACGUCAGCCUGAUGGACCAGCGGGCAAAGCAACUGGUGGCGCUGAUUGGCGAGAGCGAGGAGAACACGGAGAAGCCGCGGGAGAGGCUCUUGCGGAACUCCUCCAGCGCAGCCAUUGGGCCCGCCGAAGAGGUGCACAAGCCGCCGCUCACCCCGCUUUCCCCGACCAGGAGCCCCAGCGUGGUCCCCACUCAGGUGCAAAGGGAUGAUCUGAUCGCCAGCAUCCUGGCAGACGUGUCCCCCCAGUCUGUGGAGGAGCUCCGGCAGCACAAGGCCUUCGUGAAGCUGCUGAAGAAGCAGUACCGGGAGCUGAAGGAGCUCCGGCGGAAGCACAUGAAGAAGAUCUGCAGCCUCAACAAGAAGCAGAGUGCCCAGUCUCCCGUGGGGGAACGGAGCCGGGCCCGCAGCCUCGGAGGCUCUCAGUGUUCUUUGGAAACCAUACGCCAGGAGCAUGAGGGAACACGCCGGAAAGUGGAUCUGCAGGACUGGCAGAUAAAAGGGCUGCUGCAGCUUCGGGAAUCUCAGCACCAGUUGGAGAGGGACUGCAAACGGGAGCACCUGCGGCAGGCCCAGCAGCGCUUGAAAGAAAUCGCCCGGGACUGCCAGGCUGCCCAGCUGAAAAAGCUGAAGGAGACAAGCGAGAAAGAGAAGAAGGAACUUCAGAAAAUCCUGGACCGCAAACGGCACAACAGCGUCACGGAAGCCAAAUCUCGGGAGAAGAGCAAAAAGGACGUGGAGCUGACAGAGAUAAAUAGAAGGCAUAUCACCGAAUCCGUGAAUUCCAUCCGCAGGCUUGAGGAAGCACAGAAACGGCGCCAGGAGAAGCUGUUGGCCGGUCACCAGGGAAUACUGCAAAUGAUUGAGGAUGAAGAGCCACGAUUGGCCGCCCAGCUGGAACGCGAGUGUGAGCUGGAAGGCCUGGCCCUGCCCCAGGAGAUCGGACGCUACCUGCAAGAGGAGCAGGACGGAGGGGUCAGCAAUGGGCAUCCGCCCGGAUCCAGUGUCAGCCCCAGCCCGGCGGAAGAGGACCUGACCGUCCUGUGAGACGUGGAGGGGUGGCAGAGCCGUGCCACCGGCCACACGCGUGACGGGAGCCGUCUUCCAGGCAUCUUCCCUCCCUCUCCACCCGGGAUGUCGCCACAAGUGUGAGGGCGGCAGGCAGAGCCAAGGGAAGGCCAGCGGAAAAAAAACACACUAAAGGCACUUCACUUUUUCUCCUCCUUUUUUUGGUUUAAAGGACAAAUUUUUUAUUUUUUUAAACUAAUUUUUUAAUUAACUAACUGUACUUUGUCAUCUCCCACUUCUCAGUUUGGGGCAGAAGAUGGAGAAAGGCUUGGAGGGGAGGGACAUGUGUUGAACAAGCCCCCCCUUGUGCACCCGUGGCAGAAAUGCGGUGGGAGCACAAAUGCUUUGGGUGGUCUCCCAAUGCACUAUUUAGGGUGGGGGGAAUCUGGAACACCCCCCAUCCCAAUCCUCACCUGACCAAAAGGAGAAGAGAGGAGCAAAAAGGGCUUUUAAAACACGACCUCCUGCUUUUUUAUUUAAAAAAGAGAGGUUGAAACAUAUUGCAGCAGAACUGUGCAGAAAUUUUAACUCUCCCCUGGGGUCAUUUGUGCUGGUCAGGUCCCAUCUCCCCCACGGCACAUCAGGAGAGCAGUUGAGGCAGCUGUGUAGGGCUGAGAGCAAUGCGGGAAAGACGUGUUAAAAAAAGACUUUAAAAAAGAAUUUGGGAGUCCGGUCCCUUUCUUUGGAGGAUGGGUGGGAAGGACCAAGACGGGGCUGCUGUCGUUCCAGGCAUGCAAGCUUGUUCCGGAGUUCUAACCUGACCCCUCUCUUUUUCUGGAUGUAAGUUUUCCCUGUCUUUUUUUAACAUAAAUAAUAAACCUGUAAUUCAGUUGC